GUCACCGUGGUGACGAGAGGCGCUCUGACAAUCUCCCAUCAACAACUACCACCACAACAACAACAACUACUUGUAUAUCACUGCUGCUACUGCUACUACCCUCUUGCAGGAUGGACGGUGACGGACUGGGCUCCUGCGGCCACCGCCCUGCUGCGUCUAGCCGAGCCGCGGGCCUCACCGCGGCCAACUUCGCCGACUUCGGCGACUUUGUUCGCCUGAUGUUCGGCAACGUUGACGGCAUCGGCGAUUGCGACGGCGCCGACUGCAGCGACUCGGAGGGCGUCGCCUUCAGCGACAUCGUCGGCGACUUUGACGGCGUCACUUUCGGCCACGUCAACUGGAUUGGUGAUGACGACGACGAUGGUGGUGGUGACGACGGUGGUGGUGGUGGUGGUGGUGUUGAGUGCCACGGCGGUGGCGAUGGUGGUGAGUGCCGUGACGGUGGCCACGGUGGUGGUGGUGGUGGUGGUGGCGGUGGUGCCGGAUUGAGGGAGGGCUCUGAAAGCUCCAUCCCCACAAUGCCGGAGCCGACGCGCAAACGGCAACACCAGAGCUCCGUCUCUGGCAGCAGUAAGAGGAUGAAGACACAGAACACGGAGGACGUGGAGCUGAGUGGACUUGCCGAUGACUGGUACCAGCGGUGUCAAGAUCGGCCUCAGUGGAGGAGGCUCGUGAAGGACGCUACUGGGCAGUUGGAGGCAGUCGCCCUCCAACAACAACGGAGGGCGGAGGAGCGACGCUCACAACAACGAGCGGAGCGCCGGGUGGCUAAAGCACAGCAAGUUGGUACAGUAGGGGGCACAGAUGGUGCAUCAGCCAGUCAUCUCGGUCAUCUCGGUCAGUCGACCCGUGGCACCUGCUGGGUCUGCCCCGUGACCUCCUGCCAGCGGGCGUUCGACACUUCACGUGGCAGCCUCAAGAUCCAGAGCGAGUGUCGCCGCUGGGCGGGGGGGGAGGCCGAGACGUUUGUACGUGGAAGAGGAGCUGGCGCUGGUGAUGGUGGUGAUGGUGGUGAUGGUGGUGGUGAUGAUGGUGGUAGUGGUGAUGAUGGUGGUGAUGAUGGUGGUAGUGGUGAUGAUGGUGGUGGUGAUGAUGGUGAUAAUGGUGAUGAUGAUGGUAGUGAUGAUGGUGGUAGUGGUGAUGAUGGUGGUAGUGGUGGUGUUGGUGGUGAUGAUGGUGGUAGUGGUAAUGAUGGUGGUAGUGGUGAUGGUGGUAGUGGUGGUGGUAGUGGUGGUCCUGCUGGUGGUAGUGGUGGUGGUAGUGGUGGUGGUAGUGGUGGUGCUGCUGGUGGUAGUGGUGGUGGUGCUGCUGGUGGUAGUGGUGGUGGUAGUGGUGGUGGUAGUGGUGGUGCUGCUGGUGGUAGUGGUGGUGGUGCUGCUGGUGGUAGUGGUGGUGGUAGUGGUGGUGGUGGUGCUGGUGGGAAAAUGGAGGAGGAGGAGGAGGAGGAAGAGGAGGGUGAGGAGGAAGAGGUGCUGCCUGGCAACCAGAGCCAUUACGAACGGUUGUUGUCGAUUCGCGAGGAGCGAUUGGAGUCGACGCUACGUCGGCAACAUCCACAUCCAAGUAGCAGCGGUGGUCAGCGCAACAGCUACGAGGAUUUUCUGCUGGAGGAUCCCGUGUACCAGCUCAGUGUCGAGGAGACACGGAGACUCUCCACACACAGAUACUCGGCCUGGCUGGACCAGACGCCAACACACUGCAUCAUCUGCCUGGAGGUGCUUGUGGAGGGAACAGAGAUGUGCACAUUGCCCUGCACGCACGCACACUUCCACGCAGCCUGCAUCCACACCUGGCUACAGGAGAGCGGCACGUGUCCGGUGUGCCGUGCCCUCGUCGUCUUACACUGAGGAGGAAGCUGCAGCUCCAACCUUCAAGUCUCCCUCACCACCCAGAGUCUCACCACCCAGUGUCUCUGUGUCUCACUACCCAGUGGCUCAGUGUCUCAGUGUCUGUGUUAGACCACCAGUGUCUCACUACCCAGUGUCUCAGUGUCUCCCUACCCAGUGUCUCACUACCCAGUGUCUCACUACCCAGUGUCUCACUACCCAGUGUCUCACUACCCAGUGUCUCACUACCCAGUGUCUCAGUGUCUCAGUGUCUCACUACCCAGUGUCUCACCAUCCAGUGUCUCAGUGUCUCACUACCCAGUGUUUCACUAGCAGUGUCUCACCACCCAGUGUCUCACCACCCAGUGUCUCACUACCCAGUGUCUCAGUGUCUCAGUGUCUCACUACCCAGUGUCUCACCAUCCAUUGUCUCAGUGUCUCAGUGUCUCACUACCCAGUGUUUCACUAGCAGUGUCUCACUACCCAGUGUCUCACCACCCAGUGUCUCACCACCCAGUGUCUCACUACCCAGUGUCUCACUACCCAGUGUCUCACUACCCAGUGUCUCAGUGUCUCUGUGUCUCAGUGUUAGACCACCAGUGUCUCACUACCCAGUGUCUCUGUGCUCAGUGUCUCACUACCCAGUGUCUCACUACCCAGUGUCUCACUACCCAGUGUCUCUCUACCCAGUGUCUCAGUGUCUCAGUGUCUCAGUGUCUCAGACCACCGUCUCAAAGGCGACCAGCGCAAGGGCAAUGCCACAGCAUCACGGCUGGCUCAGUGUGAGCAGCAGAUGAACUGUGGGGGUGGGUGGUUUACGAGAAUUCUAGUAACAAUAAUGAUGGUGGUGGUGGUGACGAUGAUGACGAUGAUGGUGACGACGAUGAUGAUGGUGGUGACGAUGACGGUGGUGACGAUGAUGAUGGUGAUGAUGAUGGUGUUGGUGACGAUGAUGAUGGUGUUGGUGAUGAUGGUGAUGAUGAUGGUGGUGAUGAUGAUGGUGGUGACGAUGAUGGUGGCGAUGAUGAUGGUGAUGAUGAUGGUGUUGGUGACGAUGAUGAUGGUGUUGGUGAUGAUGGUGAUGAUGAUGGUGGUGACAAUGAUGAUGAUGGUGACGAUGAUGAUGGUGACGAUGAUGAUGAUGGUGUUGGUGACGAUGAUGAUGAUGUUGGUGUUGGUGACGAUGAUGAUGGUGGUGACGAUGAUGAUGAUGAUGAUGGUGUUGGUGACGAUGAUGAUGGUGGUGACGAUGAUGAUGAUGGUGGUGAUGAUGAUGGUGGUGACGAUGAUGGUGAUGGUGGUGAUGAUGAUGGUGGUGACGAUGAUGAUGAUGAUGGUGGUGACGAUGAUGGUGAUGGUGAUGAUGAUGAUGGUGUUGGUGACGAUGAUGAUGAUGAUGGUGGUGAUGAUGGUGGUGAUGAUGGUGGUGACGAUGAUGAUGGUGG